GCCGCCCCCUCACUCCACCACGUCCCCUUCUCCUCGUAUUCCCUUCUCACUGUCCCUAGCGCGAAACCAUGCACGAAAUCCCGGUCCGAGAAGGCAAGGCGCCUUUCAGGAUCCCAUCAAUCGACGAGCCCUGUUUCACUUACUACAAGAUCAUCGGUGACCUAUCUAGCGGCACUCCUCCGGUUAUUGUGGCUCAUGGCGGACCUGGCGUUGGGCACGAGUACCUCCUCACUUUUGCCGAUCUCUGGCAGCAGUAUGGCCUCCCCGUCGUCUUCUACGACCAGAUAGGCUGCGCCUCCUCCUCGCAUCUCCCGCAGAAGGCCGGCGACCGGUCUUUCUGGCAGGAGCAGCUGUUCCAGGACGAGCUGGACAAUCUGCUGGACCACCUCGAGCUGCGCCGCGAUCCCGGUUUUCAUCUCCUCGGCCAGAGCUGGGGCGGCAUGCUCGGCUCGGCUUUCGCCGCCCGCCAGCCUCGGGGUCUCCGCCGGCUGGUCCUCGCUAGCGCACUUGCGAGCGCGGAGCUUGGCGGCCGCGGCACUCGUCUGCUGAGAGACCAGAUGCCGCCCGACAUGCGUCAGGCGCUCGACGAGGCCGAGCAGAAGGGCGAGUACGACAGCCCCGCAUACAAACGCGCGCUGGACUUUUACUACAGGAAGCACGUGUGCCGUGCCGACCCGUUUCCACCGGCGGAGCUGGUGCCGGCUUUAAAGCACCUGGGCGAGGACACAACGGUGUACCGCACAAUGUACGGCCCCUCGCCUCUCACAAGGGAUGGUUCGCUCACUAAAUGGUCCGUCAUUCCCCGUCUCCCCGAGAUCACCGCCCCUACCCUCGUCUACAAUGGCGAAUACGACACCUCACACGACAUCACCCAAGUCCCCUUUUUUGAGCUCAUCCCACGAGUUCGCUGGAUAACGUUUCCGGGUGGCGGCCACAUGUGCCAUCUGGAAGGCGGGGGGCUCCGAGAGAGGGUGUUGAAGGUCGUUGGCGAGUUUCUGACACAGAAGGGAAUCGCCGAUGUGCAAUGAGUUUCUUCAAAUAUUCGCGCGAUAGGGGAUCCACGAAACAAUGGAGCACGCUGCGCAAUAUGUAUACCUUUAUGUCUCAGGAAGGACUGCGGGUUAAUUAGGUGCCAUUUUACAGCUGAAAAGGCAAGGCUUAACUAUGCUUAAGUACUGAUCAUAUCGGAUGGAACCAAAGAGAAAUGUGUUUCGGACUGGAUCAACCUCCCUGUGAUAGUAGCUUCUUCUCUAGCGCGGGCCGCC